AUGAGCACCACUGACUGCGUCACCAGCAUCGGGGAAGACGAGGCCAUGGCGGCCGGUCGGCUGGUGAUCGAGUGUCAGCGGGUCGGACCCCACGAGCUGCACAUCUCCACACUGGAGGUGUAUGAGCCGGGCCCCGCCGGCCGCUGGGUGCAGCUGUACCGGGGCUUCGGACAUGCUCACUGCCUGCGCCGACUGCAGGCUAACGCCCCCUACCGACUGCGAGUCAGCCGAGGCGGCGAGGCCAGCGAGGUGCACAGUUUCAUGACGAGCGCGGCACCCGUCUCGGCGACCGAGCUCCACCGCGCCGUCCAGCUGGACCGCCCGUACGGCCUGACGGCGCUCAUGGUGGCCGCUCGCGAGGGCUUCGCGCAGAUGGCAGCACUGCUGCUGCGCUGCGGCGCCGACGUGAACGUGCGCAGCCACGGCGCCGCCAAGACGGCGCUUAUGUUCGCCAGCUUUGCGGGUCACCUGGCCAUCACCGAGCAGCUGCUGUCUGCCGGGGCGGACGUGCGAGCGGCGGACUCAUCGGGGCGAUCCGCGCUCCACCAUGCGGCCGACGGCGGAAGCUGCGCGGUGCUGCGGCGCCUGGUGCAGGCGGGCAGCCCGCUGGAGCAAGCCGACUCGCAGGGCUGGACGGCCCUGAUGCGCGCCGCUCUUCUCGGAGGCCCGGUGACCACCCUAAUGGGGCUGGGCGCCCGCACGGACGGCGUCGACUCGCGGGGCCGCCAGCUGCGCCGCAUGGGCACGUCUCCGCUGCGGACGGCCGACCUGAUGGGCGUCUGGCGUCGGGGCGCGCGCAUCCUGCAGAGCCACCCCUGGCGGUCUGGCCGGUCACUGCCCAAACAGAGCUGGUGA